AUGGAUGGCCGUCUCCUCAACCUCAUAUACAGUUUCCACCCAGCGCCACAUAGCGCAGCGGUGCGCUCUCUUUAUUGGGAUGUAGCGGAAGAUCGCUUGCUUAUCGGGACGAAAGGUGCCGAGUUGUUCGAGUUAUCUCGACUCACGGGAGACGCGAUUCUCGUGUCGGAGAGCCAUUUCGACCGCACGGUUCAGCUUCAGGGACUCGCAGUACAUCCACUACGACCAGAAUUAAUAGUCACAGCUGGAGGCGAUCACACAGUGCGUCUGUGGCAUUUAGAAAAGCGCUGCGUGAUCGCAAAGACUGCGCUGGAUGGGGCUCUACAGAGCGUGGCGUUCUCUCCGGACGGCAAGUGGCUCGCAGUAGGUUUUGGUGGAUCGGAGAGUAGCAAGAAUCACAAAGAUGGAGCCUUCGCCGUGCUUGAUGGUCAGACCCUUGAACUGCUACACGAAGGACGAGAUAGUAAGCUUGGUGCACUGGACAUGACGUUCUCGCCGGACUUGACGCUGCUGGCGUUAGCUUCAGCCGAUCACUGCGUGUACUUCUACUCGACGCUAGACAAUUUCUCGCUGCGUUUCAAGUUCUCCAAGCCCAGCGGUCGUGCCACUCGCUUGGAUUUUGCAGCCGAUAGCAGCAUGGCAAGAGUGUCGAGCGAUGCGUUCGAGCUUCUGUUCGUAAGCACGAUGGACGGCAGCCAGAUCACUUCGCCUGCUAGUGCGGCGGACGUCACAUGGGCGUCACACAAGUGUUUGUUUGCGUGGGAUGCCCAGGGUGUCUGGGACAUCGCUGGCAAGCCAGACGACCACGUCCACGCUCUGGCAAAGGCGAACACGCAGGAGAUGCUGGUUGCAGCUACCAACCAGGGCGAGAUCCGCGUGUACAACACGCCGUGUCUGUCCAGACACACGGAGCAGCACAAACUACAUGGCCACAGUCUGAACGUGGCCAACGUAGCCUUCACUUGCGACGACACGAGGUUGGUCUCUAUUGGUGCCAAUGACAAAAGUCUGUUCGUAUGGAAAGUAACAAAGACAAAACUAUGACAAUUUCAACCACUUCAACAGGUUAGCCAAUUACAAAUCAGUAUUCAAACGAAAAAAAAACGUAAAAAAAAAUGUUACCAAGCAUUAAAAAAAAAAAUGUUAC